CGCGCGCACGCACGCACGCGCACACACACACGUGACGUGACGUCACGCAUAAACACAUCCGUGAUUGGUCAGGGGCCGUUUGUAUUAUUGAGAUCCGGAAUCAUUGUUACACAACUGGGCGUUGCUAUACAACAGUUUGGAAAUUUAUUUCGCAAUGAGAUGUUCAUAUUGAGCAAAAUUGUUAUAGUUUCUCCAGCGUUGUAAAAUGGCGACAAACACAAAAUUAUUGAAGAAAGUCAAUCGUGUGUCUCCUCCUAGAAUUGCAGGAAGUACGCCUUCUCCAGACGCAGGCGCAGCGAUGAAGAGGCCUACACCCAAGGCAAAAAAUGGAACUGGCCUGAACAGAGACAAAGGCAAUGAAUUGCACAAUGGAAAGAAGACACAAGCUACCACAGCAGGACCUUUGUUUGUGCCCAAUGUGGCAAACAAGCCAGCUCCAAGAGUGAACAUAACAAAAGGACCUCUAAUGUUUAAUGAGAAGGACCUGAAGAAGUUGGAAGCACAGUUUCAUGUCAAAACAAAGAAGUUGUAUUCACUGAAAACUGAUUUUAAAAAAAGACGGGAGAACUUAAAGGAAGAAUACUCAAGCCUCAUUGACCUGCAUGACAGAAUACGGAGCUUAACAGGCAGAGAUUUUGUACCUGUGGAAAAAUUAAAAUUUUUUGAUCUGAGCACUGAGGAAACUCCUGCAGACACACAAUCCAUCAAAAAAUAUGAAGAUAAAGGAGUAGGUGAAUUCAACGUGGAUUAUGCUGUCACAAUUACUGAAUCAGAGCAAGAAGAUAAGCUCUGGAAUGAACUGCAGACUCUUCAAGCACAACUGAAAUCAGCUGAGGACCACAAAAAGGAGGCUGAGGAGGGUAAAGCUAAAUUGAUGGAGACACUCAAAAAAGCUGAAGAACAACAUGAGGCAAAAUUAAAAGAAACGUGUACCAGAUAUGAUGCCUUGAUUACUGAGAAAAAUAAAUCACUUUCAAGCAUACAAGAACAGAAUACUCUCCUUUCAGUGCAAGUCAGGGAGUACAAAGAGGAGAAGAAAGCAAAUGAAAACAUCUGCAGUUCAAACAAAAAAAUGGAAGGCCAAGUCUCACAGCUUCAACAAGAGGUUCAGGACCUGCAGGCAUCACUAACAGAUGCCACUGAUAAAAAUAAAGACCACCAAAUUAGGCUAAGCCGGAACCAGCUGGAUAUUGAAGAGAGGGAUCGUGUAAUAUCUAAGCAAAAAGAAGAUUUGAAGGCUUGUAAAGAGGAAAUUGACUUUAUAAACAGUAAACAGCAGGAAAAUGAUGAGAAAAUUGCAACACUGGAAUCAAAGCUGGAUGAGCAAGAGAGACACAGAAAUGAGGGACUAUAUGAAGCCAAUUUUCAAGAAACAUGUGCCAAAUGUGAAGUCGUGAUUAUUGAAAAAAAUAAACGUAACUGCCAGCUGGAAGAAAAAGUGAAGGAGUUAAUGGACUCGCUUUUCAGCACACAAGAACAGAAUACUCUCCUUUCAGUGCAAGUCAGGGAGUACAAAGAGGAGAAGAAAGCAAAUGAAAACAUCUGCAGUUCAAACAAAAAAAUGGAAGGCCAAGUCUCACAGCUUCAACAAGAGGUUCAUGACCUGCAGGCAUCACUAACAGAUGCCACUGAUAAAAAUAAAGACCACCAAAUUAGGCUAAGCCGGAACCAGCUGGAUAUUGAAGAGAGGGAUCGUGUAAUAUCUAAGCAAACAGAAGAUUUGAAGGCUUGUAAAGAGGAAAUUGACUUUAUAAACAGAGAAAAGAAGGAAGAGGAUGAGAAUAUUGCAACAUUGGAAAUAAAUUCAGAUGAUCAAGUGAGACAUGGGAAAGAGUGGGGAUUAGUGCUCGACCUGCAAACUGAACUAGCAAGAGUUGAUGAUAAAAAAGAACGUCUUGAAAUAGCCCUAAGCCACAGGGGGCUGGAAGCUGAACAGAAGGAUUGUAUAAUAAAAGAGCAAAGCAAAAAGUUGGCAGCUUACAAGAAGGCAAUUGAAGAACUACAGAAAAAUCAACAUAAAAUACUACCAAACCUGCAUGUGAAAUAUAUACAUGCAGAAAAGGAACAAUAUGAAGCCAAUUUAAAACAAACAUGUGCCAAAUAUGAUGUAAUGAUUAUCGAGAGAGAUAAACAUAUCAAGCAGCUGCAAGAGAAAUUGAACUCACUUUCAAGCAUGCAACAGAAUGGUCUUGAAAUGGAACUCAGGGGAUACCAAGAGAUUGAUGUAAGGAAAGACAUCUCUUGUGUAAAGAAGCAAAUCAACGAACAAGUCCCACAACAACAGUGGGGCCAUUUGCUUGACAUACAGGCAGAACUAAUGAAAACUCGUAAUGAGAAGGAAUGUGUCGAAAUAGCCCUAAGCCGGGCGGGGCUCGUUAUUGAGCGGAAGAAUUGUAUUAUAUUUAAGCUGAAGAAGAGGAUAGAAACUUAUAAGAAUGCAUUUAACUUUCUAGAACACGAAAAAGGAAAAGAACGGUAAAGAAGGAGAGUGCAAAGAAGACAAGACAGAGACAAUGAACUAAAGCAUUUCCGAUGGCAGGAAGCAUUUGCCCCAGCCCCAACAAAACCAGUCUCAGUCACCUUCUUUCCUUUUGUCACUAUGACCUUCAAUAACGUCACCAGGCUGCUGUUCAGGCACAUAAAAUGCUGAUGUGGCUGAAGGUCAUGCUGACAGAGGGAAGGAAAUGUAUCUGAGAUGGGUUUCUCUGGAGCAACUCUCUCUAGUGGAUUGAGAAUCUGUUGGAUCUGAAGGCUGCUGUAGUAUUUCUGUACUGUAGUAUCCCAGUGUGUUAUGUUGAUUCUUGAUGAUUAUUAUUUAGUUACUUUAUUUUGUUGAACUAUAUGUUUCAGCCCAAUGUGGCCAUCAUCAGGUUCAAAUGUAUGUUCAAAGUCUUUGCACUGGGAUUAUGUGACUUACUCUUUCUCCUUUUGUUUUCUCAAAUAAUAUUUAAAUUAGGGUAAAAUAUAUUAUUUUUAACUUUA